AUGUAGACAGUCUGAUGGAAGGCAGUUAAUCGCAUUUGAAUUGUUUUAAUUUUUACUUAUACCUAAGUACUAUUUUUUAUUUUUACAGUACACAGAUAGAUGUUCAAUAUUAGGCAAUUUCGUUGAAAGCCUUGGGGCCCUGCUGCUGUGGGGACCGUUUUCAGUGGAAACUCACUUCCUGUGUUGUCUGCGCAGCAGAGGCGUGGCAGCAGAUCACAGUGACGUCGUGUGUGGUUGUCGGGCGGGAGGGAUCCAGUGUCUCUGUUCCUAUUCCUCCUCCACAGCCAUCGCUCUCUCAGCCUUUUGGUGGUGGUGGUGUAUUCUCUCUUCUCGGCCGGUCAGGAUGGCAGCGGUCAGGACCCUCAGGAAACUGUGCCAACACUCCCAGCAUCACGUCUGUAAACUGCACACGUCCGCCUCGAGGCAGGAGGCAGUGGUCAUCUCAGGAAAGAAACUCGCACGGCAGAUUCGGGAAGAGGCCCGGGCCGAUGUGGAGAAAUGGGUUUUAGCUGGCCACCGGAGACCACACCUGAGUGUAAUUCUGGUGGGAGACAACCCAGCAAGUCACUCCUAUGUCCUGAAUAAGACGCGUGUUGCAGCUGAUGUUGGACUCUCUAGUGAGACAAUUCUCAAGCAUUCAGACAUCAGUGAGGAGGAGUUACUGGAACUGAUCUACAAACUCAACACAGACCAUCGCGUGGAUGGCCUUCUGGUCCAGCUGCCCCUGCCAGACCACAUAGACGAGCGCACAAUCUGCAAUGCAGUUUCCCCUACCAAGGACGUAGACGGCUUCCACGUAGUUAAUGUGGGUCGCAUGUGCCUCGAUCAGUCCACCAUGCUUCCUGCCACUCCCUGGGGAGUCUGGGAAAUUAUUAAACGCACAGGUAUCCCUACCCUUGGGAAGAAUGUUGUGGUUGCAGGACGCUCCAAGAAUGUGGGUAUGCCCAUCGCCAUGUUACUGCAUACAGACGGCCGGCAUGAGAGGCCAGGAGGUGAUGCCACAGUCACCAUUUCUCACCGUUACACUCCAAAGGAGCAACUUUGCCAACACACUAAAAUCGCUGAUAUCAUUGUGGCUGCUGCAGGGAUUCCAAACCUCAUUACUGCGGACAUGAUCAAAGAGGGAGCAGCGGUGAUUGAUGUUGGAAUAAAUAGAGUGCAGGACCCCGUCACUGGAAAGAACAGAUUGGUCGGAGAUGUGGAUUUUGAAGGUGUGAGGCAGAAAGCAGGCUUCAUCACUCCAGUACCUGGAGGUGUUGGACCCAUGACUGUGGCGAUGCUUAUGAAAAACACCAUCAAAGCAGCUAAGAACGUUCUGCUGUAUCCCCCAGAGAGGAUCCGCUUGGCAGCUGCAUCCUAGUGCAUGCUCCAACAACAGUGACACAUUCCACUCCCUCCAACACUACCACCCCUCUCUUUUUUUAUUUGGAGCAACGUGAUGAGCUCCCCUUGCACAGGAACUGGAAAGAUGAUAGCUUUAAGGCUCUCAUCCUGAUACCAUCUUUACCCUGCAGCCAUUUUUAGAUUGUUAUAUUCACUUGUGCAGCUGCAUGUUAUAUGUGACAGGAUUGUCAGUAUUUAACAUUUAUAGUGUAUUUCUGUAAGACUUUGGAGUUUUAAAAAGUCUUGCAAGUGUUUUAUUUAUUGCCACAGUCACAUAAUAUUUAAACAUGAAUGGUGACAGGUUAUGCUGUUUAUCUCAAAGGCUGGUGAGCAGUUAAAGCAGAGUGACUGAGGCUUGUCUGUUUCAUGUUAUAUUUUUUUCCCCUACUUAUUUAGCCUUAUGUACUGAGGGUGAUAAGGGCUAAAAUCAUCAGGAAAAGUCAUUUUCAAAUACAAGCUUUAAAGAUUCACAAUUGCCUUUGUAAAAACAUUAAAAUAAAUGUUACAAAUGUGUUCACAUAUUGAUGCUUUUUGUGCACACAAACUCUUCCUUUACAUGUCUGAACAGUGACCAUGAACUGUUCACAGAAUCAGAUUCAUAUUAAUGCACUUACCCCAAAUAGAACCCACUCAUCAGAAAUUAUCAUUGUAAUUAAUUGCCUCUUAGCACUGGUAUUAAAUAACCACCUGUUCCUGUCUUCAUCACCA